GGGGGGCUCCUGCUGCUUGGCAGCGCCUGGGAGAAGCGGAUGUAGGCGGCGAGGCCAGCCAGGAGUGGCCCGCGCAACCCCGCUCCCGAGCUCCUGCUCCGGUUUCUGAGGGACCUGGGUUGAUGCUAAUUGACCCAAGUAAUUUCGGGGCAAGGCUACUUGGCCCAGACCUAGGACCUUGGGUCGGGUCUGGCCUCGGAGUCACGGGUAAAAGCUCUAGACUCUGUCCCGGGGAUCCUGGGGCAGAUGGACGUGACCUUGCACUGUGGGAGCACAACGUGAGGGGUCCUUAGCCCUGCCCGUGAUGAACCCUGGUAGAAGCACUCUCGAUCCCAGAGAGCCUAGGGUGAGAGAUCUGAGCCUGGCCAAAGGGGGACCCCUGUCCUGAGCAUCUUGGGGUGAUGGAGUAAGCAGAAAGCCCAGUAUUGGGGGGAAUUAGGUCCUGCCUCGUGGACUCCAGGAUUUAUGAGAUCUUAAGGACCUGACUAGAGGAGCAGGAAUGUAAGGGUUAAGCCUCUUCCCCAGUGGGCAGCAAGCAGGAUGGAGCACUACCGGAAAGCUGGCUCUGUAGAGCUCCCAGCACCUUCCCCAAUGCCUCAGCUACCUCCUGAUACACUGGAGAUGCGUGUUCGAGAUGGCAGCAAAAUUCGAAACCUGCUGGGCCUGGCACUGGGCCGCUUGGAGGGCGGCAGUGCUCGGCAUGUGGUAUUCUCAGGUUCUGGCCGUGCUGCAGGGAAAGCUGUCAGCUGUGCAGAGAUUGUCAAGAGGCGAGUCCCAGGUCUGCACCAGCUCACCAAAUUGCGAUUUCUGCAGACUGAGGACAGUUGGGUUCCAACCUCACCUGACACAGGCCUAGACCCCCUCACAGUACGCCGCCAUGUGCCUGCAGUUUGGGUACUGCUCAGUCGGGACCCCCUGGAUCCCAGUGAAUGUGGUUACCAGCCUCCAGGGGCACCCCCUGGGCUGGGCUCUGUGCCCAGCUCCAGCGGUGGCUCCCGACCCCACAGAAGGCCACGAGACAACCGUUCCUGAAGACCUGCCCAGCCAAGCUAUUCUCUAGGCCUGAAUAUCUGGGAUGACUGCCUUUUCCAGGAAGCUCAACUUCCCCAACAAGGCCCGGGUCCAUAGAAGUCCUGCUCCCUCUGGCAUAUGGGAAAUACUAUAAAGAAUAACAUGUGUGGGGUCUCUGCUGAGUUCUGGAUUGCUUGAGAAGGGCUUACUCUGCCUUCUACAUACACUACACCUCAUCUGCCUUCUGGCAGAGGCUUAGGAAGUUAGGAAAUAAAGGUUCUAUCAUUUAUCUGAUGAGCCUCUGCUUGGCUACUGUGUGGAAAGGAGAUGAAAGGGAUGGGAGUCCUUACCUUUUCCCUCUUGGAGUGAAUGGGUUGGAGACGGGAAGGUGUUGGGAGGACCAAGUAUUAAUAAGAAGGCUCAGGGCCAGGUUGUAGCCCCAUGAUAGACUAUUUGCCUAGCAUUAAGGCCUGUGUUUCAAUCCUUAACACCACACACAAAAGUUUAUCUCAUAGGGUAGUUAAUUGUGAUAAAUUUGAUACCACCUGGGUACCUAGUGCUAUAUAAAUGCUCAUUGCUAUUAUAAAU